AUGGCUACAAAUCUCUCUCUUUUUUUGUCAAUUACACUUCUCCUUCUCGUAAUACAGCCUAUUAGAGGACACUCUUUCAAGUCCCUCCAACAUCUUGAGGUAUCUCACAAGGGCCAAACAGUGAAAGGACUGCAUGAGAUCAAACACUAUCUCAGUACAUUCGGCUACUUAAAGUUAAACCACAGCAUUGGUUUGAGCAAAUAUGAUCAUGCUAGUGUAAAAGACAAGGAUGAGUUCGAUGAACAUUUGGAACUAGCAAUAAAAUCUUUCCAGAAGAAUUUUAAUCUUAAUGUCACGGGGAGGCUCGACUCUAGCACCCUGAAUGAAAUGAUGACUCCAAGGUGUGGAGUAACUGAUGAUGACAACAUGAGUCCGAAUUAUGCAUUUUUCAAUGGAAAGCCAAAAUGGGAUAAGAACUAUCUCACCUAUACCUUUGAUUCAAGUGUCACGCCAGAGGUACUGGAAAAGUUAAGACCUGCAGUGCAACAGGGUUUCGAAGAAUGGCUCAAAUGGACACAAUUUACAUUUGCAGAGGCACGACAAGGUUCCAAAUCUGACAUUAUGAUAGGAUAUUAUAAGGGUUGGCAUGGAGAUUACCAAGCAUUUGAUGGACCUGGUAAGGUUUUAGCUCAUUCUUUUCCACCAACUAUGGGAAAAAUGCACUUUGAUGCUGAUGAGAACUGGAGCACUGAUAAACCAAAUGGUGAUCAAAUUGACAUGGUAUCGGUGGCCACACACGAAAUUGGACACAUUCUUGGACUCCAACAUAGUACAGAUGUAAAUGCAAUUAUGUACCCUUUUCUGAAUUUUGGAAUGACAAAAAGAGAAUUGAGCCAUGAUGAUAUUGAUGGCGUGCUUGCUUUGUAUGGCACACCUUAA